CCAGAGACUUAGAGAAUGGAUUCUGCUCGAAGAAGGUAAAGGUGCCCUCAAAUUUGGCAAGAUAAGAAGGAAAUACGAAUACAACCAUGCAAAGGCUGUCACAAAAAUGAAGGCGGAAGAGAUUCGAUGCAGUGCUCAUUCACCCGGAAUUUCAGAAGCAACAAAAGA